ACUACCGGUUCAGUGCGGGGUGUCCGCCGCGACGUUUGGGACGUCGAAACUACGACGCUCCGACGACCGGCGACGUCGACGAAAUAAAGUUGCGCUCAAUUUUUAUCGGAUCACUUCUGUUUUAUUUUUUCUCACACGAACGAUCAUAUAUAUAUAUAUAUAUAAACACAAACAUAUAUAUAUGUAUACAUAUCAAAGAUAAUAAUAAUAUUAUUAUAUUAAAUAAAUAUGAUCUCCCUGCUCGCAAUCAAAUCGGAAUAGUCUUCCCUUAAUGAAAAAUAAUUAUUCUCGGACGAAUUUAUUCAUAUCGUCAAAAAAGAAAAGGAAAAGAAAAUUUUUAUGGUGAUGCGAAUAGUUGUGCCUCGUUAUAAUGAAUAUAAAAAAAAAAUUGAUUAUCGUUAAUAACAAUUAGUACAAAUUAUAUUUAUAUUUGUAUAUAUAUAUAUAUAUACAGAAAGAGAAAAUUUAAUGAUAAAAUUGUGACAAGCGCACUGUUUCUUUUUUUCGUCUGAUGUAACAAGCAACGAAUGUUCCAACAACGAGAGGCGAUCACCCCGCGCGAUUGAAGAAAAAAUUGCUGAUCGACGAGAUUGGCUCGGGAAGUCAAAUCAAGAACAGAGGUAGAAGUAAUUGAAGACCAGUGAGUUGGGCGGAAAUCGAUGGCCAUCAGCGCCCAUGGGCGGCCUCGCGUUUAGGACAAGGAAUAGCCCCUCCCAAAAGACCUCGCUCCGGUGGGGUGACUGCUGCCCCCCAAAUUCCAGUCCCUCAUCUUCGUCGGCCCUGCGAAAAGGCCCUCACCAGGAUAUGCCACCUCUGCCCGUGUGAGGUUGUCCCCCGCUGUUGCGUGCCUGUAUUCCACGGGGUCUUCAGAGGUUUCCAAACGUUCCUAAAUCAGAUCGAAUACCGAACCUCUCGGAUCUUCGUCUUGGUCAGCUUGAAUUUACGCCAGUUGACUUUUCCUCCCCGAAGAUGAUUAACUAUGCCGGGGUCAUUUCCAUUCUUUUGUUUUACAUUCUUAUUCUCGGCGUGGGAAUAUGGGCCGCCAGAAAAAAGGAGGCCGGCAACGACUCCGAGGAGGAGGUGAUGCUGGCUGGUCGUUCGAUUGGAUUAUUUGUCGGUAUUUUCACAAUGACGGCAACAUGGGUCGGCGGAGGUUACAUCAAUGGUACUGCCGAGGCAAUUUACACCAAAGGUUUGGUCUGGUGCCAAGCUCCCUUCGGAUAUUCUCUCAGUCUUAUUUUCGGUGGAAUAUUCUUCGCCAAUAAGAUGCGACAGCAGGGGUAUAUCACAAUGUUGGAUCCUCUCCAGGACGCAUUUGGAGAACGAAUGGGCGGCCUUCUAUUUCUUCCGGCCCUUUGCGGUGAGGUAUUCUGGGCCGCUGGAAUCCUCGCAGCACUUGGUGCCACAUUGGCAGUGAUCAUUGACAUGGAUCACAGAACAUCAGUUAUUGUUAGUGCAGGAAUUGCCGUUUUUUACACACUAUUUGGCGGUCUUUAUUCCGUUGCCUAUACCGAUGUCAUCCAACUUUUCUGCAUCUUCAUUGGACUGUGGAUGUGCAUUCCAUUCGCCUGGGGAAAUCCCAAAGUGCUUCCAUUAAGUUCAAUGGAUGUGGAUUGGAUAGGCGAAGUUGAUCCGAAGGAAUAUUGGUCCUAUGCGGAUUAUGGUUUGCUGCUUAUCUUCGGAGGAAUUCCCUGGCAGGUGUAUUUUCAAAGAGUUCUGUCGUCAAAAAGUGCUGCCAGGGCGCAAAUUCUAAGUUACGUGGCUGCAUUUGGAUGCAUUCUGAUGGCAAUACCUCCUGUUCUGAUUGGUGCCAUCGCGAAAGCAACUCCUUGGAAUGAAACGGGAUACAAGGGACCGUAUCCACUAACGGAAUCCGAGACAAGUAUGAUCCUGCCAAUGGUUCUUCAGUACCUGACACCUGAUUUUGUUUCGUUCUUUGGUUUGGGAGCUGUUUCCGCAGCGGUGAUGUCUUCAGCGGACAGCAGCAUCUUAUCAGCAAGUUCUAUGUUUGCAAGGAAUGUCUACAGGCUGAUUUUUCGACAAAGAGCAUCUGAAAUGGAGAUCAUCUGGGUGAUGCGAGUGGGAAUAUUAGUUGUUGGAGUCCUCAGCACAGCGAUGGCCUUAACCAUACCAUCAAUCUACGGUUUAUGGUCAAUGUGCUCAGACCUUGUAUACGUAAUCCUGUUUCCACAAUUGCUGAUGGUGGUACACUUUAAAGACUACUGUAACACCUAUGGCAGCUUGGCAGCAUACAUUAUCGCGUUUUUGGUAAGAUUAACAGGUGGUGAGGAAAUGUUGGGACUCCCGCCAUUAAUACAUUAUCCAGGUUACGAUGAAGAAAAUAAAGUUCAGCUAUUUCCCUUUCGAACAAUGGCAAUGCUGAUGUCAUUAGUGACAUUAAUUGGUGUCUCAUAUGGCACCAAGGAACUCUUCCUCUCAGGUAGACUUGCUCCGGGCUACGAUAUAUUUCGAUGUGUUGUCAAUAUUCCUGAGGAUGUACAACGAGUGGGACCCGAUCCAGCUGAGGGUGAACAAAUGUCAGUUCUUGCAGCGGGUGGUGGAAGACUUUAUGGAAGCAAGGACGAAUCGAACGGACGAGUGAAUCCAGCGCUCGAGCCGGACUACGACAUGGAGCCGGGAUACAGGGCUGUUGGUGCUAGUGAUGAUGAUGAUGAUAAUAUUGGCAGCGGAGGUGGUGGAGUCAUUGGGGCGCAUAUGGUACCCCGUGGCACCAGCGGACUCAGGCAGCCACAGUCUAGUACUGCGUUCUAAUCCCAAGUUCCGUGAUCGGAUGCUGUGACCAACAAUAAGUCCGGCGACGCGGUGUCUUCAUUUUCCUUCACACUUUUUGUCCUUCCACUUUUAGUUUUCUUCUCUAAUUUUAUUCGGAAUAUUAAUGCAUUUUUUCAUUUUGUUUAGUUCAUCUUUUUUUGUGUGUCUUAAGAAUGUCCUUCUUUAAUUUUUUGUUCCUCUUUUUCGCAUCUGUUUUAAUAGAGCCUUCUUUAAUUUUUAGUUUAUCCUUCGCAUCUGUUUUACUGUUGCCUUCUUUUAUUUUGUUUGUACCUCUUUUUCUGCUGUUGCUAAAGACCUUUAUCGUCAGAAUUCGUCAGAUUGCACGCCACUAGACAUCUAAUCGAACUCCUAUUCUAAAUCCUAUCGGAUUUACGUUCCUUGGCGAUAGAAUAGGGAUAAGUUAGCAACUGCAGAUGAAUAAUUCGGUUUUGUUUCCGUUUUACAAUUUCUUUAAUUUUCUUUACACUGAGAAGGGAAUUUAGUUUUCAUAACAAGACUUUUGUUUAGUAUUUAAGUAACUAGUUUGGUUGAUUAAUUGCAGAACAAACGUUUUGUUGUCAAAAAUAAAUUUUUACCCAUCAGUACGGUUUCUUCUUUUUUAGGGGAUCCUCUAAAAAAGAAGAAACAUGACAAAGAAACUGACAAAGAAAUCUUUGUCUGAAUGUUUUCGUUUUUUUCUGUCUUAUUAAGAAACAUGAAUAUUCGCGAAAUAAUAAAAAGUUUCCGUUUAGAAAUAAACGGUUUUAACAAACAAUUAAUAAAUAUCCUUUGAUAUGAAAUUUAUUUGACAUAAAUUUCAUUGGACACAGAAUGCAUUUGGUAUAAAUAUCAUUUGACAUAAACCUCAUUGAAUCUAAAAUAAAUUUGACAUAAACUUCAUUGAACCUAAAUUUCAUUUGACAUAAAAAUAACUUGACAUAAAUUUCAAUCGACAUAAGUAUUAUUUGACAUAAAAUUAAUUUAUGUUAAAUAAAUUUUAAUGUCAAUUUCAUUUUAUGUCCAAUGAAAUUUCUGUCUUGUGAAUAUUGUGUCGAAUGAAAUUUAUGUGAAAUGAGUUUCAUGUCUCAUGAAAUUUAUGUCAAAUGAAACUUAUGUUAAAUGAAUUUCAUGUCAAAUGAAAUUUAUAUUAAAUGUAUUUUAUGUCAAAUGAAAUUUAUGUCAAAUGUAUUUUAUGUCAAAUAAAACUUAUGUUAAAUAUUUUUAUGUCAAAUAAGAUUUCGGAAAUAUUCAUGCUUUUUUAUACCUUUUCUACAAAACUGAUUCCAGUGUUGUAAAAUUUAAUUUUCUUUUUCUCCUUUUUUGAUUUUUGUAACAUCUACUAAUGUUGAUAACUUGAUAAUCCAUUUGGUUUCAUUUUUAUUUCUUUCGAAUUUUUCGUUAGUGUACAACAUUUUUCCGAGGCUUAUCGCAUAAAUUUAUUGCCGAUGAACUUUGAAAACUAAUUUUCCGAUCAGAAUUACAAAUGGGGGGACAAUAAUAUUAUAUGAUGAGCUCCUCCCAAGAGACAUGGGAUUCGUGUUCUAAGCCUCAAAUACAAUGUUGUGUAAAAAGUUUUCAUAUUUAUUAUCGAUUUGAACCCCAUUUGGAAUUAUUGAUUUUUUUUUUUGCUUUCGAACUAUUUUUUUAGUUUUUAUCUAUUCCCCUUUUGGAUA